UAAUCCGACGAAUACAAAUAAAUUAAAGAUAUAGCUUUAUUAUUAGAAGAAUAAUCAUAAUCUAAUAUAACUGAAACAAGUAAAGAUUUUACAGGAGAAUGGUAUCCAUAUUUAAAUAAACUGUAUGAGUUUUUUAAAUUAUAUAAAGUAAAAAAUAUUAUUUAUUAAAUAUAUAUAAUUUAAUUAUAUAUAAGUUAAAAACAGGAAAAAUAAAAGAAUUUAAACACGAAUAAAUUAGAAGUACAUUUUUUGCUUAAAAAGACGAAGAAAAUAUUUAAUAUUAAAUAGAUGGUUUUUAUUGUGGUGUCGUACGAGAACAUUAAGAUAAUAGUUAUCAUUGCAGACAUAAAUUUAUAAAAAUAAUGAAUUAUAUAAAAGAAAUUGAUGAUUUAUAACCUGAUACAUUAUAAGUUUAAAAAAAAGCUGUAAUAGUACUUAUGAAAGAAUUCAUUUCUUUUUUUACUAAACAUGUUAAAAAUGAUCAUGAUUUAAUAUAUAAUAAAUAUUUAGCUAUGGUUUUAUAACCUUUAGUUAAUUUAAUAGAUAUAAAUAACUAAUAAUAAAAAAUUUAAUAUAACUUUUGUACCAAAAGUUGAAAAAGAAGUUAGAGAUUUUAUCCAUCGUAUAAUUAUUGAUAAAUAUACAGAUUAUUUAUAAGAUAUAUUUCGUAUAUUAUGGGAAGUAAAUAAUAUAUAUAUAUAUAUUAUUUUUUUUAAUUUAUUUAGGAAUACCCUUAACCUUUAAUUCCAAUUUUACCAGAUUGUCAUAGAUUAUUUUAUAAAUUAUAACUGUUUUAUAAGUAAGAAAAUAAAGCUGAAAGUAUUUAUUUGAAUCCUUUACAUAGUUGUUUUGGGGAUAUGUCUAAAACAUUAAUUAAUUUGUAGAUUUAUGGUAUUAAUUAUUGGAAAACUCCCUUAAAUUAAAAUAUUUAGCUUAUGGAAGAUAUCACUAAACUGAUUAAUGCUGAAAUGAUUGCAGAAAAUUACUUGGAAAUCCAUUAAAAAGGGAUUAGUUUAAUUUUUUUUUCGAAGUCGUUGGUUUAAUAUAUGAAAGUGAUGAGAAGAUCAGGGAGAACUUGUUAUAAAAAGACGAAAAUAUUACCACAAAGGCAAUUCCCUUACUUGUUAUUUUUAAGCAAAUUCAAAAAAUGCAUAAAUGGAAAUUAUAAAAGAAAGAAAGGGAGGAAAAAUUAAGAAUUUAGAGUGAAAAAUUAUCUAUUUUGAGCCAAUUAAGGGCCGAACAACAUGCUAAUUCACCUUUAAAAAAACGAGAAGAAGAAAAAAAGAUAUGGUUGGAAUAAUAAGCACUUUUGGAUAAUUAGAAAAAAAUAGAAGUUGUGUCUCCAACAAAAGGAAAAAAAGGUUAAAAAAGUCUACCACCAAAAAAAACGGAAAAAAAAAAAGAAGAAAAAAAAGCAGACAAAAAAAAAAUUGAUUCCAAAAAAGGUGGAAAAGAUGAUAAAAAUAAAAAAAAAUAAGAUGAAUAAACUAAGGAACCUCCAAAAAAAAAGAAAUAUAUAUAUAACCAGAAGAAUUGAAAGAAUUAUAAGGCGAUGAAAGUAUAUAUGGAAGAUAUUGGCUUUUAGAAAAUUUACUUGAUUAAAAAGAAAAAGAUUUAUUUGAAGAAUGUGUAGAAAUGCUAAGACAUAUAAACGAGGCUGUUUAAUAAGAUAUAUAAGACUA